CAAACCAGCUCAGCUAAAGAUGCCGACGGCGGCCGAUGGAGCUCAGAUGGCUUCAGCUAUGCCUAUGCAGGAGCCGCAGAUGCCUUCGGAGACGUUCGCAAGGGACGCCAUUAUCGCAUGGUUUAGGGGAGAAUUUGCUGCGGCCAACGCCAUCAUCGACGCGCUCUGCAACCACCUGACUCAGUUGGAUGGAUUUGACGGACAGGAAGCAGAGUAUGAAUCGGUGUUUGCUGCGAUUCAUAGGAGACGAUUGAAUUGGAUCCCGAUCCUUCAGAUGCAGAAAUACUACUCUAUAGCCGAUGUUGCCUUGGAACUUAGGAAGGUUGCGGCUAAAAAAAUGAAGAUGAGAGAGGAAGGAGAAGAGAAGAAGAUUGAAGGAGCUAAGGGUUUUUUCCAUCAAGAGGAGGACACUUGCAAAGGCGCAAACAGUGUUCAGGUCGCGAAUGGAGAAUCCGGAGAUGAAAAGAAGGAGGAGAGCAAAGUUGAAGGUGUUGAUGAAGUGGUGGAAGAAGAUUCAUCCGUUGACGCUCAAUCAGAUCCUAAAGCUGACGAUGAAGCAGGAUCUCAAGAAGAGCAGCUCCCUGUGGAGAGCACACAAAUUUGUUCAAACCAUAAAGACUGUGAGAAUCGUCGAGCCCAGAUCAAGACAACUAAAGGUUUUGUAGCCAAGGAGCAUGUGAAGGGACAUAUGGUCAAUGUGGUGAAAGGUCUAAAAAUGUAUGAGGACAUCUUCACAGACUCUGAACUCUCCAAGCUCAAUUCCUUUGUAAAUCAACUCCGCCUCGCUGGUCGAAAUGGAGAGCUCUCAGGAGAAACUUUUAUUUUAUUCAACAAGCAGUUGAAGGGGAACAAGAGAGAGCUAAUACAGCUUGGGGUUCCAAUUUUUGGACAGAUUAAAGAUGAAACAAAUAGCAAAUCUCAAAGGAAAGGUAAUAUCGAACCAAUUCCACCAGUUCUCCAAGCAAUUAUUGAUCACUUGGUUCAGUGGCAUCUGAUACCAGAGAGUAGAAAACCCAACUGCUGCAUUAUUAAUUUCUUUGAUGAGGGGGAAUACUCUCAACCUUAUCUGAAACCACCACAUUUGGACCAACCCACAUCAACACUUCUUCUCUCUGAAUCAACCAUGGCAUUUGGACGUAUUCUCAUGAAUGAUCGCCAAGGCAAUUUUAAGGGUCCACUCAUGCUUUCAAUUAAAGAAGGGUCACUUCUAAUAAUGAGAGGAAACAGUGCUGAUAUGGCAAGACAUGUCAUAUGUGCAUCUUCAAACAAGAGGGUGAGCAUCACAUUCUCUAAGGUUCGGCUAGACACCAACCAAAUGCGGUCAUCAACCAUCCCUCCCCUGACUAAGGCCAUGACAUUGUGGCAACCAGGAGUGCCACAACCAUAUUCGAUGCCAAGUGAUGCCUUCAAUGGGUACCAAGAAGCCAUGGAUAUGGUUCCUAAAUGGGGUGUCCUCCGUGCUCCACUGGUCAUGUUAGCCCCAGUGCGUCCCAUGGUCAUGAACCCCAGAAAGAUCCCACGUGGCGGCACAGGUGUAUUCUUGCCUUGGACUGUGGGACCCAAGAAACCAGCAAGGCAUCUUCCACCAAGGGCUCAAAAGGGAAGGCUUCUUGCAUUACCUUCACCAGUAGAAACACAAGCAGGAGAGCCUAUAUCCGAUCCAGGUGCAAAAGAGUGAAACACUUUAGCUUGGUACAUCUCACAAACAAGAAGAGUAGGUU